CAGAAAACGUAACAGGAAAAGGUGAUAGAACCUCGCAUAGUCCAAUCAGAAACGUUUACGGUCAGUGCGAAGUUAUGUAGUCUAGUGGCAAGUGUCAGGGAGGGUGGCUUAGUGUCGUAGUCUGUCAAUUGGACAUAUUAGUUAAAUACAUUAACGGAAUUUAAUGAGUUUCCUGUAAACUGUUGUUCGGAAACUUAUCUAGCUAGCUAGAUAGGUUUACUGCUACUCGAAGCAUGGCAUCUACACCUGAAGAAAACGAGAAAGAAAAGGCUCGCUCCGUGUCUGUAGACCUGAACAGCGAUGCCUCUCUGCUCAUCGAUAUUCCCGAUGCCCUUUGCGAACGUGACAAGGUCAAGUUCACCGUCCACACCAAGACAACGCUGGGAACCUUCCAGAAGCCAGACUUCUCCGUGCCUCGGCAGCACGAGGACUUCAUCUGGCUGCACGACACACUGGUGGAGACGGAGGACUACGCAGGCCUCAUCAUCCCGCCGGCUCCCCCCAAGCCCGACUUCGAGAGCCCGCGGGAGAAGAUGCACAAGCUGGGGGAGGGCGAGGCCUCCAUGACCAAGGAGGAGUACACCAAGAUGAAGCAGGAGCUGGAAGCUGAGUACCUGGCGGUGUUUAAGAAGACUGUCCAGGUCCACGAAAUCUUCCUCCAGCGCCUGUCCUCGCACCCCAUCCUCAGCACGGACCGCAACUUCCAGAUCUUUCUGGAGUACGAUCAGGACCUGACCGUGCGGAGAAAGAACGCCAAAGAGAUGUUCGGCGGCUUCUUCAAGAACAUGGUGAAGACCGCGGAUGAGGUCAUCAUCUCAGGGAUAAAGGAAGUUGAUGAGUUCUUUGACCAGGAGAAGACCUUCCUGCUCGAUUACUUCAGCAAAAUCAAGGACUCAACAGCCAAAGCUGAGAAAAUGACCCGCUGUCAUAAAAAUGUGGCUGACGAUUACAUUCACGUCUCUGCUACGCUGAACAGCCUUUCUGCUGAUGACAACACAGCGCUGAAACAGCAUCUGGAAAAGCUGGCCGACCUCUUUGAGAAACUCAGGAAAGUGGAGGGCCGAGUGGCCUCAGAUCAGGAGCUGAAGCUGACAGAGCUGCUGAGAUACUACAUGAGGGACAUCCAGGCUGCCAAGGACCUCUUAUACAGGCGCGCACGUGCUCUGGUCGACUACGAGAACGCCAACAAGGCCUUGGACAAGGCCCGGCUGAAGAGCAAAGACGUGGCCCAGGCUGAGGAGCACCAGCAGCAAUGCCUGCAGAAGUUCAACAAGCUCUCCGAGUCUGGCAAGAAAGAGCUCACCAGUUUCAAGGGAAGGAGAGUGGUGGCUUUCCGGAAGAAUCUAAUCGAGUUGGCCGAACUGGAGAUCAAACAUGCCAAGAACAACGUCUCCCUCCUUCAGGGCUGCAUUGAGCUGCUGAAGAGCAACUAACGGCGGUCAUGUGAUCUGAAUCACGUGACCUACCGUUUGCCUCCCCAUGGGGUCAGGUCACCAGCCCAAAAACCUGCGCCCCCCCCCCCCCCCCCCCGCUUCCCAUCCCCCCCAUUCACACACUCACAAGUUUACACUUUACCCCCCCUCCACACCCUGCACAUUUCACACACCUGUCAUGUCCCCCGCAGCUCAUGGCUGUGGGUAUGGAGUAUUGCGUUCUGUCGGCUCUGUAGCUGGGAUCUCAAACUCCCAGCCCUGUGUCACUGGCUUUCCUGGUAGCGCUUCAGCACUGAACCCAUUUCGUCCCAAAUUUCCCCAGGCAUGUCUGUGCACGAUUUGUAUUGUCUUUGUAACGCCAAAGAAGCGUCCAGGAGAAGCAUGUGAAAUUUAUUUUUGUUGUAUUUGCAGUUACAAUUUUAUCAGUGGGAUUAAAAUGGGUUUAGAAAUUAAGUAAUUUAUUGGCUACAGAGUCCACCCACCUCGUUACCAAGACCUAAUCUGCAGACACUGCCACUGUGCAGGACUGGAGUUAAACCUGCAGACACUCUGGCUCUCCAGGACUGGAGUUAAACCUGCAGACACUGUAGCCCUCCAGGACUGGAGUUAAACCUGCAGACACACUGGCUCUCCAGGACUGGAGUUAAACCUGCAGACACUCUGGCUCUCCAGGACUGGAGUUAAACCUGCCAGUGCUUUGUCAGUGCACCAGUAGCGGUAAUCAGUUCUUAUGGCCGUUCCCAUGUUAUUCCACUAAUGAUCUGAACUGUGGAUCUUUCUGGUCCUUUUCAUUUCUUGCCUUGCUGCACGCCUUUGGAACCAUUGGUCGGAUAAUCUGCAAAGAAAGGAGUGUUUGACUUUGAGGGUCUUUCCCGCCCAGGUACAUCUGCUUUUCCUCCGUGGCCCGUUAAACGGCGGGAUCGGCUGUACCGCCAGGCCGUCUGCGGCCGCGACUUCCGGCUCGGGGGCCAGAACGGCCUUCCGUGUUGGCUUUAGUCUUAAAGGAAUUUUCCGCUUCUCUGUACCUGUGCCUGAGGUUCUCCUUGACUCUGGAAACUUCCUCUUGUAAAAACAAAAAAAAAGGGCCUGUUUUCCGAUCGUAUGGAUCAGGCAGUUAGGCAUAAAAAACUCAGUGGCUGGUGGUGUUCGGUGUUAAUUGUGAGGCCAAGUUCAGACAGUCAUACAAAAUGGAGAUAAGCAUUUAGUAGAGGACAAUAGUGGGACCACAAACUGUAGAGUAACAGUCGAAUAAUUUUGUGUGUCUAAAAAGCUUUCUAUACCUGCGGUAUAUUGCAACAAUUUAGUGCCUUAUUACAGUUCACAUUUACUGUAGAUUCUGAGUGACCAACAAUCACUACAAGUGUGGCCACUGCCUCCCUUGUGAUGUUUUCCUGCCAAGACUGAUGGUGCCACUGGAACACAGAUACUGAAAUGAUCAAACUUGAAUUGUCAUGUGGCACAUUGGCACUCUUGCCUGAAAUUUCCUGAAUUCAUGUUUUAAUCAAUUAAAAAAAUUAAUUUGGAAAUUUGGAAAAACUGGAAUAAGAAAAUAUUCCAUUGUGUAAUCAUGUCACACGUGUGACAAUCGGCACUCAAAGUUGAGCAUUUAAAAGCCUUUCCCCUGCAAGAACUGCUUUCGUAGCUCUUCUUUUUCCAAUUUAAAGGGAAAUGAGUGACUCACUCCUGACUCCUCUAACAAAAGGAACUCGUACAGAAAUAAUUUUUUGCUGUGAAGGUCUGUGUGGAUACAGAGUUUCAGAGGCUCUCUCAAGGCCAGCCUGGACUCGAAUUUGCAUUUUGUCUGAACUGUAAAUAUGACAGUUUUACCAUUGGUGUGCCAUGAAAUGUGUGCGAAAGUACAUCAUACAUAAGCAUAAAGUUACACUUGCCUACUCUACUCCUCGGGUAAUUUUUGGAUAUAUAAACGUUACAGUACAGAGAACCUCAUCUGAAAUAAUUUUGCAUUUAUCCUGUUACAGCCUGGAUUUAAUAUUACAGCCACAUGCUUUUUUUGUCCUUGAGUUGUGAAUUUAAAUGCAGAUUUAGCAUUUUUACCCUCUCAUUUAGUAAGUAAAUUAAGGUUAGAGUUUGGGUAGAUUAGAAGACUGACUCAGCCAUUUUGUGCUCUUAAUGGCCAGUUUUUUUUUUUGUUCUCCUGUUUUUUCCCAAUUUGUGCCUGCUCAUCCCUGCAACCUCCUCUGUCGGGUUAGAUGCGUGCGGACAUGCACGCGGCUUUUUUCCUCUCUACAUUCCUCCUCUGCUCCCGCAGACGUUGAGUCAGAGGAGGACUCUUCAUGAGUGCCUUGUACAGGCAGACCUAGUGCUCCCAGUUGACCAGAGGGGGCGCUGGUGUGCGAUCAGACACAGACUGAAAUCCGCCGACUGAAGUCUCUCCCUUCGCCGGGGGGGACAGUGCAACCAGUUACACCCCACAGCCGACACUGGCACGGUCCAGCUAGAUGCCAGUGUGGCCAUUUUUCCCUUCCGCUGUUGCUUGUUUUUUUUCUGCACUGUACACCUUUGUCUGCUGUGUUUUUAAUUUCCAUCUCAUAAAGACACUGAUAACAGGAGGACAUCCUCCCACUAUAACCUGCCACAGGGCAGCAGUGCAAGCUGGGAAAUCCUCCCACCAUGUGACCUGCCACUGGGCAGCAAUGCAAGCUGGGAAGUCCUCCCACCAUGUGACCUGCCACUGGGCAGCAAUGCAAGCUGGGAAGUCCUCCCACCAUGUGACCUGCCACAGGAAAGCAAUACAGGCUGGGAGAACUGGGUCAGACUCUCCCUUACAGGAAGAACAGUCAUCUGUGUGUUUCUUCCACGCCUGCCUCACAUGACCUGACAGGUCACAUGACUCUACUCAUUUUCAGUCUGUUAAACCCAGCACUAAUGCUGCCACCUUAGCCUCAACACCAGUUCUGCCCCCCCCCCCCCCUUCCUUUUGUCAUUAUCAAUCAGUGGAAGAGGAGAAUCGCUACAAAAAAACCCUGAUUUCCUUGUUUUGUUUCCUUUGCUGUUUUCAGUCUGAACCUUGUUAGCCUGAACACCCCCCUCUCCACCAACGAUGGGAGUGAUGUCAGCUUAGUCAUCCUUCUCAGCCCCCCCCCCCACUCCCAUCCCCCACAGUGUUGAUGCUGUCAUUUGUAUGAAAUCACAGUGCAUUAAACAGUCUUAUGUUUGUAUGUUUAUGCUUUUUUUAUUAUAUCACUUCUGUCAUUGAUUUAGACCUAGACCUGUGAAAACAUUGACCAAAAAAUGUUUGUUGCAUUUUUUAAAUUUUUUUUUACAAAUAUAAAUGCAGGUAAUUCAAUGCAAUUUGAAAGCAACAUAAACAUUUUUUUAAAAGAAGCACUACAGAAGUAAAUAAUUUGUGAUACUUUCUAAGAUAGUUUGUUGACAAAUUAGUGUUUUUGAUAAUUGAAUGUAUUUCUAAUUGAUAGAAAUUCUGUGAAUGACUGCAUGCAUUUCCCCUGCAGUGAGUCUGUAGAUUUUUAAAAAGAAUUACAAUAAUCAAUAAAUGUUCUACUUUCCAAA